UUUUUUUUUCUUCUCCAACCACUUCGCAGCAUUACCACCAUAGACAACUAAUUAACUAAUUAACUAUAUAUACCACCUAUCUAAUUAAUUGGCAUAUAGCAAUAAUAAGAGCAAGAGUAACAUAAAAUGUAUCGACCACCUUCACUUCCUUUGACUGUACCCGUCGCACCCAAACUUGAGCUCAAGAUCAAAUGCAGAGGACUUGCAGAUUUAGAUAUUCUCUCGAAAUCUGACCCCCAAUGUUUUGUUUUUAUGAUGGACCAGAAGACGAGAACAUGGGCAACAGAGCCAAUAGGAAGGACAGAGAUGGUUCUGAACAAGUUGGACUGUGAUUUUGUCCAGAGUAUCAUUAUUGAUUAUCGUUUUGAAUCUAUUCAGCCUAUUCGUUUCACGAUGGUGGACGUUGAUAAUCGCAACAAUCCUUCAUGGAAAGCUCAAGAGCUCAUUGGGCAUUUCGACACAGAAGUUGGAAAGAUUGUUGGAAGCAGAGGUAGAACCCUUGCUGGUCGGCUAGAACACCCACAACACCGCAGCUCUCAUCGCGGAACUAUUAUUGUUUGCGCGGAAGAGCAGUCUCUGUCAAAGCGUGUGAUCAAGUUCAACAUUGAGGCCACAAAGAUUGCCAAAAAGGGCUUUUUCCGUUCAGAGCCUAGUUCAUUCUUUACCAUCCAUCGUGCCUCAGAGAACGGCGUCUUUUCGCCAAUAUAUCAGUCUCCGGUGAUUCGAUCAAAAUACAAUCCAAUCUGGCCAGAGUUCUCUAUUAAGGAGAAUCUACUUUGUAAUGGCGAUCCAAACAGACAACUUAAAAUCGAGGUGAAGAAGUUCAAGGAAAAUGGGCUAGAGCACGUUACAAUCGGUAAUACCCCAGUCUUUACCUUGCAGGAGCUUUUGGGUACUCAAAUGCCAAAGCCUUUCCCAUUAUCGCCUAUGCCUGUCGGUACUGAGUUGUUGAUCAGGAGGAUGGUAGUCACGGAGUCUCCAUCGUUCCUUGAUUAUCUAGCUGGUGGAGUGCCUCUGAAUCUAGUUGUUGCGAUCGAUUUCACUCAAAGUAACGGCGAUCCACGUAACCCAAAAUCGUUGCACUACAGAAGCCCAACUGGUGAAAAUGAUUAUACGCGUGCUAUCCGUAGUGUAGGUAAUAUUCUGCAAUGCUACGAUACGGAUAAGAAAUUCCCUGCUUAUGGCUUUGGUGGGAGAGUGAAUGGCCAAGUGAGCCACUGUUUUGCUCUUAAUGGAAACCCGCAAUAUCCCGAAGUGGACGGAGUAGAAGGGAUUCUUGCCGCAUACUGGCAUGCACUGCAAUAUGCCGAACUAUAUGGCCCUACUAAUUUCUCGCCUGUCAUCAAUCAGACAGCAGCUAUUUGUAACCAGCAUCGAUCAGGCGAUUUGGAAGAGUACUAUGUACUUUUGAUCCUCACUGAUGGAGUCAUCACAGACAUGGACAAUACUAUCCGUGCAAUUAUAGCGGCAUCGCGAUUACCAAUGUCAAUCAUUAUUAUAGGUAUUGGGCCAGCUAACUUCGACAAUAUGAACGUAUUGGAUGCAGAUGAUGAACCACUUCGAGCCAACGGGAUGACUAUGGCACGCGAUAUUGUCCAGUUUGUUCCCUUCCGAGAUUUUCAAGGAGGCGCGUUUGCAGACGAAGCUCUUGCAGAAGCUGUCCUUGCAGAGGUGCCUGAUCAAUUUGUGGACUAUAUGACACAACAUCGUGUGCUGCCUCGUGCGCCCCCACGCGCUGAUACUGUACAGGCAAUGAACAAUGGCGGAGUAGUAUAUAGUAGGCCUGUGUCAACUUUCAACACUGCUCCUAUAAUGGAAGGGUCCUCCAGCCUUAGGUCGCCACAAGUACAGAGCAGUCGCCUGUCAUAUCAGUCAGGAAAACAAUAUUAAGUUCAUAUACAUUGUAAUAAAGUAAUAAUAGUACUGCGUCGCAUGUGGGAC